AUGGGCUCUCAGAUAUUUAGGUGUGUUAAUUUUUUGAACCGGUUGCUGUUGCUAUUGUCUCUGGGGUGUCCUUUUGCUGCUACUUAUUUUGAGUUAUCCACCUUGAGCAGUAAUUCAACUCAGUACAAGCCUGACCAUCAUGAUGCUGAGGACUCUGCUCAGGAUGAGAGACUGAAUGUUUUUACAGUGGAUUAUAACUACGUGCAAAUUCCCUAUGAAGUUACACUUUGGAUACUUCUUGCAUCUCUUGCAAAAAUAGGAAAAGCUGUUAAGAGUUCUGCUGUGUUUGCAUUUUACACAAGAAAUGGCUAUAUUGCCAUUUCUUAUGUGUUAUAUAACAUAUUCAUCGCCUUCACCCAGAUGCACCGAUAUGAAGAGAUUGAACCUGUUGAUGUUCUUGCUGGAUUUGCUCGUUUCUUUGUAGUAGGACUAGGCGGAGUGCUGUUUGGCAUCGUGUUUGGAUUUGUUUCGGCAUUCAUGACUCGAUUUACACAGAACAUUUCUGCCAUCGAACCACUGCUUGUCUUCAUGUUCAGCUAUUUGUCAUAUUUGUCUGCUGAAACCCUCUACAUCUCAGGCAUUCUGGCGAUGACAGCAUGUGCAGUGACUAUGAAAAAAUAUGUGGAGGAGAAUGUUUCCCAGAAUUCCUACACAACCAUAAAGUACUUCAUGAAGAUGCUGAGCAGUGUCAGCGAGACCCUGAUUUUCGUGUUCAUGGGAGUGUCCACAGUUGGAAGGAACCACGAGUGGAACUGGGCCUUUGUUUCCUUCACUCUGCUCUUCUGCUUGAUUUGGCGUGUGCUAAGUGUGUUUGCUCUCUUUUAUAUCAGCAACAAGUUUCGGACUUAUCCCUUCACCAUUAAAGACCAGCUCAUUAUUGCCUACAGUGGCCUUCGAGGAGCCAGUAGUUUCUCUCUUGCAUUUUUGCUUCCGAUGUAUCUCUUCCCUAGAAAGAACAUGUUCAUUACGGCUACUCUUGUAGUUAUAUAUUUCACCGUGUUCAUUCAGGGAAUCACAAUUGGUCCACUGGUCAAGUAUCUAGAUGUUAAAAAGACUAACAAGAAAGAGUGCAUCAACGAAGAGAUUCAUGUACGAAUGAUGGAUCACUUGAAGGCUGGAAUUGAAGAUAUAUGUGGGCAUUGGAGUCACUAUCAACUGAGAGACAAAUUUAAAAAGUUUGACACUAAAUAUCUAAAGAAAAUCCUGAUCCGGGAGAACCAGCCCAAAUCCAGCAUUGUAUCUCUGUACAAGAAACUAGAAAUCAAACAGGCCAUUGAGAUGGCAGAGAGUGGGAUGAUAAGUUCAGCUGCAUCGACAGCUUCUCUCCAGAGCUAUAGAAAUCAAAGAAUGCAUAGGCUUUCCCCUGAAGAGGUGGAGUCCAUGCGGGAUAUGCUGGCACAUAGUCUGUAUCAAGUACGACAAAGGACCCCGUCAUAUAACAGACACAACCUGCCAACAGAAACAAGCGAGAAACAAGCCAAAGAAAUUCUCAUCCAUCGCCAGAACAGCCUGAGGCAGAGUGUCAGGAAAGGAAACAGCUUACCUUGGGGGAAACCGGCUAGCACCAAAAAUGUGCGUUUCCUCUCUUUACCGUAUGGUACUCAUCAUCCAGCUAGACGAAAAGCAAGGCAUGAUGCUUCUACAGGUGAUUACAGCCGUGAUUCUGAUUCAAUGGUCUCCAUCAUGUUCAGUCCACGGCUCCGAGCAGGCUCACUUGGAGCAAACCAUCGUCAGCAGGAGAUGGUUCCGAUGGAGCAGUUAGAUAGAAGAGAGAAACUGUCAGAUUUUGCAGGUCAGAGGGGAACCCCAAGCAAGCAGGAUCACACAGCUAGAAUAAGAAGACCGGCUUUAAUGCCAAAGCCCCAGUUUGAUGCAGUAUUUGAAGAAGAAAUACAGGGAUAUGAAUCAGAAGAGGAGGAAGAAGCAGUCGCGGCAUCAAGGCCAUCAGUCAAAUGGGCAGCUGAGAAAAGAAAUGUAAGACAUUUCCACAAAGCCCCAAGCUCCCCAUUCUGGAGAAAAUAG